AUGGCCACCUCAAAGACACAACCUCUCAACGCCGAGCAGACAAAGGCGCUGUUCAACAUCCUCACCCACUUCGAGACAUACCGCGAGGUCGAGGACUUCAAGCAGCCCGAGACCAUUUCCAACUAUGGCUACCCCUUCGCCGCCGUCAACCCCAAGGCCGGCGACGGCGAGGCCGUAGUCUACGCCAAGAAGUCGACGUCGCCCGUCCUCCAGUCCCUCUUCAGCAGGUUCAUUCUGCCCCUGCCGGGCGUCAGCAACAUCGGCCUAGAGUUCUGGAACGUCCGAGUGCAAGGGCUGCUGAGGAAGUUCGCCGAGGCCGACCUUUCCGAGAGCUACGAGAAGGGCGCGCUAGGUACUAGAAAGACCCUGGCCACCGCUUCGUCUACCGUCAUCGAGCUCGUUGCCAGAGCUCAGAUCGGCGGCGGACCUACCAGCGACCCGGCGACUCGGCCGAAGGAAUACGACGUGCAGAAUGCGGCGGAUUUGGUGCGGGCUUGGGAUGAUGCCAUGCAUGGCCUCGUCUACGAGAACCUCUGCGACGAGCUGCUGGAUUACCUCGCCGAGACGGAGGAGUUCGACACGCACUCCCCCAUGACGAAGGCUGCUUGCGACUACAUCCUCGUUCAUCUGGCGACGCUCUGCCAUCAAGUCCUCAUCGUCUCUCCCGAGGGACCGUACCUCGUCAAGCUGAUGGACCAGGUGCACAAGAUGGUUCCGUACGGCAUGGUUCGCCAGACGCUGCGCAUCGGAAACGCCGCGACAAUGAUCGCGGGCAUGAUGAAGAUCUUCUUGGCGAAGCUCAGCGUCGGCUCCGUGUCCAAUUGGUUCGGCAUCACCAGCAACGCUGCCGACGGACAGAACCUCUUGCAAAAAAUCAUAACCGUUAUUCUCGGAUGGGACUGCGCCGACUUCAAAAAGACCGUCGACAAGAUCGCCAAGGACAAGAACGGCCCCAGCAAAGGCGCGCUCGUGGCCAUCAACGCACACUGCCAGGCGCCCAAGAGCGAACGCGACGCGGUCAGGGGCAAGAGCCUGCGAGAGUCCAAGUCCGUCGUCGCCGUCAUCCUCGAGGACGUGGACCCCGCCCUGCUGGCGGAUACCAGCGAGGACGAACACAAGAUGUGCCUCGAGUACUACGCGGCAAUGCUUGCCAUCCGCGACCGGGAAGAGAUCAUCACCGUCCUGUGCAAGCAAAGCCCCGACCUCCUCACGCAAGCGAUCCGCGACGCUGUUGCCGGCAUGGAUCCCAUCAUCCGCGCUGUGCACAACAAGGUCGACCUGUCCGACCACGUCAAGGACUACCAGACCUUCCUCGAUCAGCUCAUCACCACCAGCAAGCCCAAGAAGGCGAAGUCCAAGGACGACCCUGAGGCUGUCCUACCGACUGUCGACGAUUAUGUCGAGCUGCUCAAGAACAACCGGCAACUGCUAUACAAAUGGCUGCAUGCAGUCAGCAAGAACUGCCCCGAAGUCAUGGACCAGUUCAGAAAUUGGGCGAAGGAUUCGUUGGUGGCAUUCCACAAGGAGAAGAACGGUGCUAGCAUCGAAGAGAGGCUUGGAGGCAUCUUCAACCAGGUUCCCGAGGAGAAGAGGGCGAAGCUUAUUCCCAUCAUUGACGCCCAUGCCGCUUACCUGAAGGAGCUCGACGAUCUCUCGCGCCGCCGCAUGCAAGGUCUCCUCGACGGCAACUCGGCCAGCAUGUCUGGACCGGGAGUCUAUCUCAUCCGGUGGCAGUCAUUGCUGGACGAGACCCUCAUUACGCCGGCGACAGCGAGCGGACCGCUGAGGCACGGAACGGACGUUGGCGGGGCGAUCCCGGGAGGCAAGCGGACCUCCGUCUCGAGCGACACUGGCGAGGUCAUUGAGAAGGUCCGAUCUCUGACCCUCUCGUCCUUGCCCGAAGCGCCGAACGUGAGACCUGUCAUCAAGGCCCUGGCGCCGCUCUUCAAGCAGAUGAUAACGAAGCCGUCGACGCCGCCGAAAACCAACGGUCAAGCGGCACCGACAGCGGCACCGGCACCGAUUUGA